AUGCGUGUCGCACUGCGAGACGCUCCAUAUUCCGGUCAGCUAGUUGUUUCAGACGAAGAAUCAGAAGGCAUAGAUUUAUCUUGUUAUGGGAUAUUCAGGAGCAACAGAAUAAAGAGGCUUCCAUUCCCUCAGGACAGGAUUUUGAAGGUUGUAAAUGCAUCAGUACAUGAAGAUGUUAGCAUUAAAAAGGUCUGGUUUAUACCAGUAAUUGAUCAGCCUCUUUCAUCCAACAGAUACUAUGUUAUCCAGGCAAAGGGCAAACAUAAAGGACAGGCAUACACAUGUUCUAGAGAAGAUGCUUCAGCAAUGUGUUGCUUUAACGAUAUCCGAAAAUAUCGAAAAACAAGGCCUUUCGAUUACAGGGACAGAUAUCAACAAGUCGAGAUUCAUCGUUAUCACAGUGGUGGAUUCUUAGCGAAAUCAAUCGAAUGGGACGGUAAUCCUCCUAGUUUCCUCAGAACAUCAGGAUGGGAAGUUUACACUGUUAAGUCUUACAAAUUUCAUUUAUCAAAAGCUCCAGGACUUAACAUUUCUCUCUUGCAAGAACUCCCUGAAUUGAAUGUUCCUUUAUAUUCCAAGUGUUCCACUCCAAUUAUUAUUGGAAAAUGGUACUGCCCUUGUGUGUUUGUGAAAGAUGAAGCCCAGAGAGUGAAAGAACAAAUGAGAAAAUCUAUGUUCUAUGAACUGAGUCUAAACUUAAGGUGGGAACAAAUAUAUGCAUGCGGAAAAGAAUCGGUCACCAUGGAUAUCUCCCAAGACAUCCAUCAAUCUUCUGGACACCGCGAAAACAACAUUGUUGUUGUCGUUAAUCAAAGAGUAAAAAGGUUGGUUUCUUUGGUAUGCGGAGUAGAAGCUGAGAAAGAUGAAGACAGACUGGAUGCCGAAGGGUUUGUUUGGUUUAAGGCGAAAGAACAACAUAGGAGGAGAGUGGGCGUUGGUCUGAGUUUGGCCAUUUUGGAGAAAAUAAGGUUGCUACAAGCGACAAGAGGAUGGUUUGAUGGACAUGAGGAGGUGAGAGUGAAGGGUAGAAAGGAGGUUAGAAGUGAUAUUGUGUGGAGAAAGUUUGGUUGCUAUGUUUUGGUGGAGAGUUUUGUUUUGAGUAGAAUGGAUGGGAGUGUGAAUAAUUGA